AGAAGAUUCAGCUCAAAAAUCCUUCUAGAAGUCCAUUUUUCUUGCUGCCCAAAUCAGCCCCGCGCGCUACCCCUGGCAGGCCUGCUGCCUGGGCCCGCGCGUGCUGCAAGCGCACUGCGCCCGUGCACGCCUACUCCUGCGCGCGUGAUACGGAAGUGGAGACCAGCACCGGCAAGUCUAGCGAAGGGCUAAAAUGCGAAAGGUGCGCAUCGGCCCUUGAUGCGCACGAAUGGGCGAACAAGCUGCGCACGCGGGCUUUGCGAGGAGUACGCGAGAACGCGAGCUGCAAGUGUACAGGCGAUGACCGCGACCUGAUAGGAGUAGGGGUGCUGGGUGCGAUGCACGAAGUGCUGGAGAGGAGCAGAGAAAGAGCGGGCGCGCGGCGAGUGCGCGACACCCGCGCAAGUGACAAACACGCGAAGGAAGGAGGCAGCGAGCACGCGACACAAGCAAAGAUGCGCGCGUGUGGUACGGGCGCGCGAGACCCAAUCCCCGCGGGACUAGGCAUUGCAAAAGGGCGGCGCGCACGCGCAGGCGGGACGCGGCAGGAGCGAAGUGCGCGCGUGCAGGGACAGCGCGCGGGACGCCGAGUUCGACUAGGAGUAGGAGCCGAGGACGCGCGCACUAAGGCAGCCGAGAGUCCUGGGCGAAUAGCCAGGAGAUUGAAGUUGGAACCCACCAAAGUUAAGAGGUUUGGGGUCAAGGUGGCCAAUGGGCAUGAACUAAAAGGUAAUCAAUUGUUUAAGAAGGUUCAGAUUACGGCCCAAGAUCAGGAGUUAGAAAUUGAUCUCUACGCCUUAUCACUUAAGGCGAUUGAUAUCGUGUUGGGGGUACAAUGGCUGGAAACGCUUGGGCCCAUUACGAUUGACUAUAGACGAGGGAAGAUAGAGUUUGGUCGACCAGGAAGGCGCAUUAAGUUGAGAACUGAGGAUCAAGGCGACUCUCCUAUUGAAGAGGACGACAGUGAUGUGGAUGUGCUGAACUAUCUUAUCCUUGGGGACAAAGAAAGUCUUGAAGAGGAGGGGAAUGAUACGGAAGUGGGGACCAGUGCCGGCAAAUCUAGUGAGAGCGAAAGGAUAAAAUGCGAAGGGUGCGCAUCGACCCUUGAUGCGCACGAAUGGGAGAAGGGCUGGUUUGCAGGUGUUCGAUGGGACGCACGACAGACGGGGUGCAAGCACGCAUUCAGCGAGGGCCGCGUUGCGUGGGGCGCCGCGGGAGAUGACUGCGACCGAAUAGGAGUAGGAGUGCUGGGCGCAACACGCAGGACGCAGAAACAUGGUGCGAGCAGGACUGAGGCAGGCGGCGUGCGCAACAAGCGCGCGAUGGGUGAGGACGCGCCAAUCGGCGCGAGAGACAUAGGCGAGCGCGAUAGCACACGCGUGGGAA